AUGCGGGAUCCAGUGCUAGUAACAGGCGCAUCUGGAUACCUAGCGUCCCAUGUCAUAGAUGCACUUCUUUCCCACGGCUACAAUGUCCGAGGUACCGUGCGGUCAGAAGCAGCAUCAAAGAGAGUGAAGAGUCUCCAUUCUAAGUAUGCCGAUCGCGUAUCCACGAUACUUGUUCCUGAUAUGAGUACGCCGACCGCAUUUGACGAAGCCGUUAAAGGUGCUUCAGGUGUUAGCCACGCCGCAAGCACGUUGGUUUUUGCCGUGGAAAACAACGAGCGUGACCUUAUCCAGCCCGCUAUUUUUCGCACGUUGAACGUUCUCGAAACCGUUGCAAAACAUAACGCUUCCAUCCGCCACGUUGUUAAUGUCCGAGCCUUACGUGCCUACGCACUUGCGCUUCGUUCCGGCCGAUGA